UUCCCUCCAAAAAAUAUAAUGUUCCCUCCAAUAUACUCUAGGUCUAGGUGAAAUAUUAAUUUUUCAAUUUCAGAAGGACAAAAAGAUCUCUCCUCGCUAAAAUUGUUGUUGAUACAUUAGUUAGGGUUUCUGGCUUCUAGUGUGGAGACUGACGAAUCGGGAAUUUCUGCACCGGCCGGGAACUUACUCUUAAUUUCUGCAGGGGGAAGAUUAAUUAGGUACUGUUUUUCACCUUCUAGCCCUCCUCGUUCCAAAUUGAAGAAAUUUAUAAAGCUAGAGAAACGGAUCCUAAUUUUACCCUUUUUUUAUCCAAGAAGACAAGUCACGCUCGGGAAGAUUUGUGGUGGACUUAAAGUUGUAUUUGGCUUAGCUUAAGUGUCAUGUCUAGGAUGAAUCAAGCGGCAGCUCUUAAGAGAAAAGUUCCGAAUCCAAACAAAGCUCAAAGUCCAAUGAAGAAUAUAGGUUUCGAUUUCCAAUACCGAUCAAGUGCUGAACUAGCCAAAAAAUUUCAGAUUAAGAGAGAAAAGCUUGCAAGUGAUCGCAACGAUAAAGCUGCUAAAGAGUAUGCAUUACUUGGAGUUAAAAGGAAGAAUUGUAUGCCUGCAACAUUAGAAGGACAAAGUAGACAAAAGUUAACUCAAUCCGAUGUGUCAGUUCAAAAGUUAGGAAGGAAUACAUUACCGGUGUACAAAUCAAUCCAAUCAUCUUCAAGGAAAGAUAUGAACACUUCACAUAGUAUUCCAAGUAAAGGACAAAUUAAACAAAGGUCAGUUCAAUUGGAGGAGCCCAUUCAAAAGCAAGGAACGAGUAAAUUACCUAUGCCCACAUCCAUGAUCCAAUCAUCUGCAAAGGUAGAUCCUAACACUUUACAUAUGCUUACAAGAUCACAAGGUGAAGGAGAGAAACAACGUGAUAUUCAGGAGCUACAAAAUUGCAAAGUGGUAAAGACAAACUCAGUCCUACCGUCGACGAGUGUUAAUCAGUUUCUAAAAAAAUAUGGGAUACAAUUCGGUGGUGAAAAACAUCCUGAUAAUCACCUAGAAAAUGAAGUCAGAUUUAUGUCCUCUCCUAUUAUUGAUGAGCGUGAAAUAGAAUUGGAUAAUUUUGCUGCGCAAGAUGAAGUUGGUGACGAUGAAUUUAUUGGAGAUGAGGAGAUGAACAUCGAUGGUGCUGUAGGUGGGACAUCAGAGAAGAAAAGAGUUCGAGGGAAAACAACAUGUAAGAAUAUUCAUGCAAGAAGUUUUGAAGAAAGAGAGGAGGUGACAUUUGAUAAAGGACAAGCAGUUGGACCAACUGACAAGAGAGUGUCUGAUUUGACCAACUUUUUAGGAACGAUUGCAAGGAAUCCAAGAUUUAUCCCCUUGGUACAUACUAGUUGGCAUGCCGUGUCAAAGGAUAUUAAGCAACGGAUGUGGGAAUAUGUCAAUUCCAAGUUCUUAAUUCCAGCUGAAGGAGAGAAGUGGGUAAUGACUGGUCUUCGUGAUGCUUGGAAGCGACACAAGAGAAAUAUUAAGAUGAAAUAUUUUGAUAAAAAUGCUACUAUUGACGAAAUGCUACAAAAUCGUCCCAAUGAGAUACCUGAAGUUCAAUUUCGUCAAUUGAUUGAGUAUUAGGAUGACGAAGGUGUCCAAGCUAUGUGCCAAUUAAAUUCUGAAAAUAGGCAAAAAGAAAAGUGGAGGCAUCAAAUGGGACCUAUUAAUUUUGCAAGAGUGCGUGUGGCAUUGGUAAUAUUUAGUCGACACUUUGUAAUCUGACUUUCAUUUCUUUUUGUACUUUGUCGGAACACAGCGAUGUUUUUUUAUAACU